GUUGCCAUGGUUUCCUUACGUUGUGCUCUACGCUGUGGACGGAAGGAUGUAAGCAGAGAGCCGUGGAAUGCCGCGUUGGCGGCUUUGGCGCUGUUGUCGCCCAAGCACAAGAGGAAAGCCUCGUCUCAUCAGAGGAAAGAAACUUUGGAACAUCUUUGGAGGAACCAGGCUUCCCUUCAGACACCGAAACACUUUGCGCAAGCCAUUUCUGCCUUCGGCCGGCAUCGGCGAUGGCAAGAAGGACAUCUCUUGUUGGAUGAGAUGACGAGGCGAACGUUGGGCCCCUGCAAAUAUUCCUACACUGCGCUUCUAAGUGCUUGUGCUGCUGCUUCAGCAUGGCAGAAGGCCAUGCAGCUGUUGUCAAACCAAGAUGCAGGGUUCGAACUCGACCUGAUCGCCCUCAGUAGCGCCCUGAGUGCUUGCGAAAAAGCCAGCCUCUGGGAGCAGGCACUCUUGUUGUGUGCAGAAGCGGAACGUCGAAAGAUUCACCUCGAUCUGGUGGCCCUCAAUACAGUGAUCAGCAGCUGUGGCAAAGGCUUCGCUUGGCAAAGCGCCUUGGGUUUUCUGGAGCUCUGCUACAGGCAGCAGCGGCCAGACGUCGUGAGUUUCAGUGCCGCAGUGUCUGCUUGCGAGCGAGGCCAACAAUGGCAGAGAGCGUUGCAUCUUCUGAGCGACGCGCGCCAGCAAGGAAAUCGCUUGGAUGCCAUUUUGCUGGGUGCAUCCGUCAGUGCCUGUGAGAAGGGUCGCAAGUGGGAACAUGCCAUUUCCCUCCUGGCGCAAGCAAAGCUGUGGCAUGUGGUACCAGACACCACCAGCUUCAAUGCCGCCAUUGCAGCGCUGGGAAAGAGCUUGUUAUGGGAGAAGGCGCUUGAGCUGCUUCAGCAGGUCGCCCCUGAUGCUGUGAGCUUUGACACUGCCUUGGACGCUGCGGCCUUGUGUUUUCAGUGGAUGCAGGUACUGAGUUUGCUUCAACAGAUGCAGAAGCACCUAUUUCCGCCCACCGAUUUCAGUUUCAUGUCAGCUCUGACUGCUUGCAGCGCACAGAAGCAAUGGCAACGCGCACUGUGUCUCUAUGAGACCCUGGAAGGAGAACGUCAACCCAACGCCCUGCUGCGGCUGACAAUACUGGAUGCUUUGGAAGAUGCUAACCACUGGCAGAAAGCGGUGCAACUUCUGUGGCAGCCUGGGGCAGAUGUGGCGCUGCAUUUGGGGUGCAUCCGAUUGCUGCUGAGGGUGAACCAAGUGGAAAGAGCCUUACAACUCUAUGGGACCUUGGAGGAAGAGGGUUGGGUGCAACCUUGGAUAUCUGAGUGGGAGUUGGAUCUACACGGCUUCAGCCUGGAAGUUGCCUAUGUGGCGAGUAGUUAUGCCUUGCUUCGUCGCGACAGGGCGAGGCUGGCGAGGCCCUUAUGUCUGGUGGUUGGCCGUGGUCAUGGCAGCGAUCAUGACGCCGUGCUCCCAGAGCUCAAAGAACUACUGCCACUGCAUGACAUUGGGACAAUGCCUCGAAAUCCUGGCAGGCUUCUGAUCCCUGCCGAUGCCAUUGCUGCCUUUUUCGCAGGGGAAAACAUGGACCAAGUUCUUGCGGCAACAAAAAAGUGA